AUGCUUUUCAUCUGCGUCGAGGCUCUGCAAGGAGAUGCCGGUGGGGCGUUGCAGCUUUUUGCUCAAGGAGUGCAUCUCAUUCUUGCUUUGCGUCCGCAGAUAGCCUCUGGAGCUAUAUCGGCGGCCAAGGCUGAAUUGUUGGAUGAUACAAUUAUCCCAAUCUUUCUUCGUCUGGCUGCUGGAGCUCUCGCUAUCUCUGGUCUCCCGGUGGCUGUGCUGUUGGAAAACCAGGCCCCGGAGCUGGUGUUUGAUUCGCUCAAGUCUGCGCGGAAAGCCAUUGCGUCCCUAGCAGUAGAGGUGCCAAUGUUUGAAACUAAAUGCAUUGAUCAUCUACAAGGCAACGCAGUCUUACCUGACGAGUUCCUCGUCCAGAGAAACAUCCUAGCUUCCAAACUCGGGGGUUGGUAUAAUGCAUUCGUGGCUAUGGCAAAUGUCUGCAAGAUUGCAUCUAAAGAAGAAAUAGGGGCCGCGGCUCUCCUCUCAUCAUAUCAUGAAAUGCUAUAUGUGAUGCUGGGAACCUGCACCUCAUUAUGCCUUACCAACUUCGACGCCUUCAUGUCAAACUUCCAAAGGAUUGUGGAACAAUCCGCCAUUGCACUCAGAACGUCAGUGAGACCAGACGGGACACAACCACCCUUCACAUUCGAGAUCAGCGUUGGUCUACCGCUUUGGUUUACGAGUCUCCGAUGCCGUGAUCCGCAGACUCGCCGUCUGGCGCUCACUCUGCUCCAUCGCGCACCCCCCGUUCAAGGAUUCUACCAAUGCUCCAUGGGGAUGGCCAUUGGCGAAAGGAUCAUGGAUCUUGAGGAGUCGUGCGGAAUGGAAAUAGGUGCGCCACCAAGCAUCAAGACGCUGGAACCUGAAGAUGAAUCCUCGGGCCUGGAGCUGAUUGGAUCAUAUACUGCUGUGGACAUCAAACCGGAUCAUGAUUCAGCGGUAUUGAUCCCAGAAGAGGCACGGAUUGGACCGAUCAGUUUGUUCAGGCCGCGGGACGGCCUGCCGAAGGGAACAAGACUGGAAGAUCUCGCAGAGUGGAAUCAUGGUCCUGAUCAAGUCUACCUGCGUUUCACUCGCAAUGAACGCGACUUGGCUGAUGGUUCUUGGCGAAUGACUUACAAGUAUGUGCCUUUUGACCAUGCUUUGCCAGAUUUAUACUAUGUGGUGUCUUGCGUCGACUCAACAGAUCAGCCACGAGCCAUGGUGGCCUGA